AUGAAGAGUGAGUUGGUGGUCAAGAAUCAGGAAAUUUUGUUGGCGAAAAGGAAAAGGAAGGAAGAGUUUGAGAAAAUAGAGAACAAGUAUGUUGAAUUAGCAGAAAAGCUUGGUUUUGUUGGAGCGGAAUAUGCAUACUUGAAAUCGCUCUAUGGUGCUGAAGUGGAGUCCUCGGGUACUCCAAGUGCUGUAAUGUUAGGGAUUGGAGAUACUGAGAAUCUCAUCGGUCAAGGAGAGAAUGAGGUUAAUCAGAAUGUGAACAAAGCUGUAUCAGAUGCGAUAUUGAUAAGUGACGAGAGCGAUGCUGAACAUGAUGAUGAGCCUCUAAGAGAGUGUAACAAAAGCCCUCAAUUGUCUGUUGAUAAAAACCAAGAAGAACAAUGCAAGAAUAGAACAACCUCAUCGAAUGAGAACCAAGCUACAGGAGAAAUCUUUACUCUAAGAUCUGUUUAUCAUCCACCGCUUUUUUCUGCUUCGCCAUCAUCAUCUUCAGACGGCUAUGAAGUUGUGGUUAAGGUUCCGGAUAAUUGGCCUAAUUGGCCAAUAUCGAAAGGUCCCGGUGAGGAGUCCAACAAGCCUUAG